AUGGCUUCACGUAAAAAAGUUCUUCUCAAGGUCAUCAUUCUAGGCGACAGCGGUGUCGGCAAGACGUCCUUGAUGAACCAGUAUGUCAACAAAAAGUUCAGCAGCCAGUACAAAGCAACCAUUGGUGCCGAUUUCCUUACCAAAGAAGUUAUGGUUGACGACAAGCUUGUCACUAUGCAGAUUUGGGAUACUGCCGGCCAAGAACGAUUCCAAUCCUUGGGUGUUGCCUUUUAUCGUGGAGCCGAUUGCUGUGUCCUUGUGUACGAUGUAAAUAACAACAAGAGUUACGAGUCUCUAGGACAAUGGCACGACGAAUUCCUUUUACAAGCUCAACCCCGUGAUCCGGAUAAUUUCCCAUUCGUGGUUCUUGGUAACAAGGUGGAUGUUGACGAGUCAAAGCGUAUGGUAUCCCAAAAGCGGGCAAUGGCUUUCUGCCAAGCAAAGGGCAACAUCCCAUACUUUGAAACAUCAGCCAAAGAAGCCAUUAAUGUCGAACAAGCUUUCCAGACGAUUGCCAAGAAUGCUUUACAGCAGGAAACGGACGUGGAAUUGUACAGCGAUUUGAGCGACCCUAUUAGAAUCGACAGCGAAAGUUCCAAAGAAUUUAGCGGAUGUGCUUGUUAG